CUCCUUGCCUCUUUGCUUCAGUCGGGACAGGCUAGGGCUGCCAGGAAGGAGAGGAUUCCUGUGAAUCUUCAAGCCCCAAGUGUCUGAACUAGCAGCUGAAGUGGCGCCAGGCAGGCUGGGAGGAGCACAGGACUCUGAGGAGCAUGAGCUCUGGGGAUCUCGGCCCUUUCCUCUACUGGGAACGUGGAUCCUUGUUCCAGCCCUGGACUGUCACUAAGUAGACUCCGGCAAUGCAUGCCCCUUCAGCCCCACCCCCAGCCCCCUACUUCCUUGCUGGCCAUUUGCUCCCAGCAGAGGGAACUCACCAAGAAGAGUCUUGGCUCUGGCUGCCCUGUGUUGGAGGACUCCAGUCCCCUGAGGGAGUCGAGAUGAGGAUGACCCGGCCCCUGGAGCAGGCAGUCGCUGCCAUCGUGUGCACCUUCCAGGAGUAUGCUGGGCGCUGUGGGGACAAGUACAAGAUCUGCCAGUCGGAGCUCAAGGAGCUGCUGCAGAAGGAGCUGCCCACCUGGACCCCGACUGAGUUCCGGGAGUGUGACUACAAUAAAUUCAUGAGUGUUCUGGAUACCAACAAGGACUGCGAGGUGGACUUUGGGGAGUACGUGCGUGCCCUUGCCAGCCUUUGUCUCUACUGCCACGAGUACUUCAAAGACUGCCCCCCUGAGCCCCCUUGCCCCCAGUAGCCUCUGAUCCAGAGGGGCAUGCCAUCCUGGAAGGGCAGAGUCUGCUCUAGUGCUCCGUCUUUGUCCCUGAGGUGGUCCUGGGUGUGUAGCCACACCCUUCCUACCCUCUCUGUGGUACCCUUUUAACCUGGACUUAACCAGGUCCCUGAUAAUGUUAACCCUGGCUACUCAGGAGCACUUUCCUAAGGAUGCCAAAGUAGUGAGGGGUGGAACAGUAGCCAGCCUUUGCUUCUGGUUUUGGGAGGGAAGAACAUCUCUGCUCUCACUUUGGAGGCUCAGCCAUGUGCACACAAUUGGGACCACUGUGGCAGGGGCCUAUUCAACUCCUAAUAAAGAACUGUCAGCUCGG